AUGAGUUUAAACACAAUACACAAGAGUUCGGGGCCUGAUCGCUCUGUCUCAGCUGAAAAUCCAUUGAAGAAGGCUCAAAUAUACAAUGACAUAUGCGAAUACGAAGAGACCUUAAGCCGACUUGUUGCAUCUGUAGACAGGUUUCAUCCAGACAUACAAGCGGUCAAAGAUCUAAUUGAGGCCGAUAGAAAGCUUUCAGAAAGUUUGAAAUCGCUGCCGAAAUAUGAUGAGAUAGAUGCCAGAGUUAAGAAACUGGAUCAAGAACAUGAAGAAGCGGACAAGAAGACCGCCCGAAUACUUGAGACCCUGACGGCAUGUCACGACCAGCUCAAUUCACUUCCCAUGCUAGAACAAAUAGAAUUCGAGCGAGCGACCAUGCUCAAACAACGAGAGAAAGUAUUUACCAACGUUUUACUGGAUUAUGCUAUGAAGUUAGCCAAGUUUACUCACGUACCACCUACGUUUGAUAAAGGUACAGUCGGCCCCAACAAUUUUGUUUGGCCUGCGGAAGACGCAAUGAGAAGAGGAAUGCUGGCUAUAGCCUCUCUUAGAGCUUCUGGAAAUGACGUUCCUCCAGAAUUAAUAACACAAGACAAAAAUAAUCAAGAAGAGAGUGGAGAAGUACACGAAGAAGCUACGGCGCCCACUGAGGAAGUAAGAUUGGAAGCUCGUAGGCCCUCUUUCGAAUUUGAUAGUACAAGGAUCAAAGAGCCUCAGGACGAAAAACAUGAUGAUGACAUAGACUUGGAUUUAGAUCUGUUCAAUUCGGAGGAGUUUUAA